AUGGCAGCAAGCUACAGCACCGUACCAUCCGUGGCCCUCAAGGCCCCAGAAAUUUUCCAUGUCGCAAUCCCCGAACAGCAGCUAAGCGAAUUCAAGACGCUGUUAAAACUGUCAAAGAUCCCCGCACCGACAUAUGAGAGUCUGCAGGAAGAUGGGAGGUAUGGGAUUAGCCAUAAGUGGCUGACGGAAACGAAGAAGUACUGGGAGGAGGAGUUUGAUUGGAGGAAGAACGAGGAGUUCAUCAACUCAUUUCCCAACUUCAAGGCAACGGUCGAUCUCCCCGCCGGGAAUGAGAAUGAGGAGUUUAAAAUCCAUUUCGUCGCUUUAUUCUCUCAGAGAGCGGAUGCGAUCCCCAUUGCACUGCUCCAUGGCUGGCCAGGCAGCUUCCUCGAAUUCCUUCCUCUCCUCACCCUAAUGCGGGAGAAAUACACCCCUCAAACCCUCCCUUAUCAUCUGAUCGUCCCCUCCCUCCCAGGCUACGCCUUCUCGUCAACACCGCCGCUAACGCGUGGCUUCUAUGAGACCGACAUAGCUAAGGUCAUGCACCAGCUCAUGGUAGACCUUGGAUUUGAAUCGUUCAGGUUAUCUGGUACAAGGGGGUGA